AUGACUGUUGGAGAAUAUGUGGCAAAAUUUGAAGAAUUAUCCAGAUAUUCUAAUUAUGUACAGAAUCAACCUAAUGAAGAAUGGUUAACGACUAAAUUUGAAUCUGGACUAAAACCUGAACUAAAAAGUAUGAUAAUAGGACACCAAAUCAGGAAUUUCUCAUCAUUAAUAAACAGGUGCAGAGACAUUGAAGCAAGCAUGAAGGAAGCUGAGGAAGGAAAAGAGAAAAACAGAGUUUCAAGUCGAAGAAAGAAUGAUGACAACAAAAAAGGGAGGUUCUCACAAGCACAAAACUCAGGGAAUAACUUUGCUAACAACAAAGGAAGAAAGAAUACAGGACAGAUGAAUUCUCAGAUUCAGGUAUGUCCGAAAUGUAAAAAGAAUCAUGCUGGAGAAUUCCUAGCAGGAAGAGGUGUAUGCUUUAAAUGUGGAAAGCCUGGACAUAUGUUGAGGCAGUGUCCUCAGAAUCAAGGUCAGAAUUCAUCAACUCAACCUGCAACAAGAGGAAGAGUUUUCACUCUUAGUGGUCAGGAAGCGGCUCAAACUUCAAAUUUGGUUCAAGGUACUGGUCUAAUACAAUAUUCUUUUGUAACCGUACUGUUUGAUUCUGGGGCUACUCAUUCUUUCAUAUCCUUAUCUUCUACUCAAAAGUUAAAAUUACAAAUAUCCAUUCUAUCUUCUUAUCUUGAAAUUUUUCUUCCCACUGGAGAGAAAAUUACCACAUUUCAAGUCUGUAAAAAUUAUCCUCUUCAAGUCGAAGGGAAAGAGUUUAGAAUAGAUUUAGUUUGUUUACCUAUGACUGACAUUGAUGUAAUCCUUGGUAUGAAUUGGUUGUCUGCAAACUGUGUGGUCAUUGAUUGUCAUAAUAAAAAGAUAAUUUUCACAAAAGAAUCAGAACUCCCAAAUGAAUCUUUAUUCUUGUCAACUUCUCAACUUAGGAAAAAUUUGUUAGAUGGAGCACAAGGAUAUGUUCUCUUUAAUAUUUCAGAAGCAUAG